AUGGCAGACGCGAGAGCUGUUCUCGGGAAACAAUACCGCACGCGAACAGUUGAAGGCAUUUCGUACCAUGUUCUUUCUGGGAGGCAUAAGAGUUUGUAUAGUAUAUACUGCAAGAUGUUGAAGUUCUCUCUUUUCCUCUACAAUUUCGUUGGGUCUCUCGAUCGAUUGUGUGUGAUUACCUCCUCCUCACGGAAAGACGAUGCAUAUUUCUCCUCCGACACCGGCACCGUUCUCAGAAGAGAAGACCUCUCUAUGUGUUAUCAGCUCAAGGAGCUAAUUGGAAGUUCUGUUUGCACGUGUGAUUUAAAGGCACUUGAAGAUGCGUUAUGUAAACGUGUUAUGGUCACACCGGAGGAAGUUAUUAAGAGAAGAAUCGAUCAACAGAGUGCUGUUACCAGCAGGGAUGGUCUCGGCAAGACGCACGUUUUCAAGAUGGAAGAGGAAGAGUACACAAAAGAAGCAAUAUAUUGGAGCUACAUUGAAUUUGUUCUAUGUCAGUCUGGUUACCGUGUCCAAUUGGGAAAACGUUCGAGGGGUGAUUUAGAAGAAGCAAAGACUCAGGAGAUAGCGAAGUUCACUGGAAGAAUUGCGAAAAACGUCCAUGAAACAAAUGCGUGCCUUGUGAAGAAACGUGAAACUGCUAAGAAAGCUGCUGAAGAAGCUCCUCCUGUUAUUAAAGAAACACAAGUUUUAGUUGAAGAUACCAAGAAGAUUGAAUCAAUGACAGAGGAAUUGGAGUGUAAAGUGAAGAAAUUUGAAGAAGCUCAAGAGUCUCUUGAAGAAAGAAGGAAAAAAUUGGAAGAGACAGAGAAGAAAGGUCAGCAACUCCAAGAAUUCCUCACAAGAAGUUCAGAGAGUGGUCAUGUAGCAGUUGAUGCAAGGUCAAGCUUGGAUCUGCAUAGCCAUUCGAUGAACCAUAGGGAUCCCUCAGAAGUGGAGGAUAAACCACAGAAAUCAUUAUCAAGAAAAUCAGGAACUGCUUAUCCCCUGCAUCAUUCAACACUUGGGGUUCAAGGGGAACCGACCAAUCACAACAUGUAUUAUAUUCAAAUGCCUACUGCAAUGGAGGUCAUUUGA